UUCGGGGGCGUGUGACUCUGAGAAUGGCUGCCGACGGUCUCCGUUUCUUCAUCGAGCACGUAAAGUCGCUGAAGAGCAGAACUGCUGUCGGUGAGGAUGGCUUCGAAGAGGAAUACAAGAAGCUGAAGGCAAAGACAGACAAGUACAAGCAGAGUCCUGCGUACGCGAGCGACGCUGGGAAAAUUCCUGUCAAUAAGAAGAAAAAUAGAUACAAGGAUAUCCUUCCAUAUGAUCAUUCUCGAGUUGAGCUGCCUAUUCUGGAAGGCGUGGAAGCCUCAGAUUACAUCAACGCAAGCUAUGUGAAAGGAGCAUCAGGAGACAUUGCGUAUGUCGCAGCUCAAGGACCGUUGCCUGCAACGGUGGCCGACUUCUGGAGAAUGGUUUGGUGUCUGGGCGUAAAGGUCAUUAUCAUGGUGUGCAAUGAAGUGGAAAUGGGAAAACCUAAAUGUAAGAGAUACUGGCCUGGACCGGACGAAGUACUCAAUAUGAAUGGAAUUAUUAUCAGUGAGGCAGUACCUACUGCUGCUGUUUCGAAGGACUUCCUUGUCAGAAACAUGGUGGCAGAAUACGACGGAGAGCAGCUGCCUGUCACUCAGUUUCACUACACGGCGUGGCCAGAUCACGGUGUUCCUGACACGGUUGAUCCCAUCCUUGAAAUGGUUGAAUUGAUGCGUGACGCUCAGGCUGGAGAUCAUCCCCCGAUCGUUGUUCAUUGCAGUGCUGGCUGUGGUCGUACUGGAGCUGUAUGUGCUAUUGACUACAUCUCAUCACUCAUAAAGAACAAAUCUGUUUCACCAAAAUUUAGUCUCAGUACCUUGGUGUGUGAAAUGAGACAACAGCGAAUGGCGAUGGUUCAGACGAAAGACCAGUACGUUAUGGUAUACAAGGCCGUGCUGAAGUUGGUCAAAAACGAACUUUCCAAACGUCAAUCUGUUCAACAGAGUGCUAGGAAAGUUCCUUUGCCGCCUGAUAAACCUGUUGCAGCUAACGUUAAGGCAAAGUCAGAUCAAGCUUCAAGUGUUUACGAGAAUGUUGACUUUCUGAAACCUGGAAAACCAGCAGUCGCGUUGAAACCAUCUGUUGUUUCGAAGGAUAGGCGUGUAUCGUAUGAGAACACUGACUUACUCGGUAAUUCUCUGGUGGCUGAUAAAGAGAAAGCAGGGAAUGGGUCCAAGCACCCAUCUGUAUUGUCAACAUCAAGUGUACAAAGUGUACAAAGUGUACAAAGGGAGCUUGCUGAUUUCGAAACAGAAGAGCUAAUGACAACAGAUAUUGACGCUUUUGAGAUGUCAUCCGAAAGUGCUUGGGCGGAUCCAAAUGAGGGAAAUGAACCAAUGUCUGACGACGAGUUUGCACCUCCUGUUCCUGCACGUACUGCCGAGUCAAAUCAACUUCUUUUGGCUCAAGAAAACGUCUCAGCUGGAGGACCUGUGUACGGUAAUUUGCCAUCUGCUGGAAGUCUAAAUAAAUUUCGAAGGCAUGCUAACGUAAACGAACAACAGCAACAACAAAGUAAUUAUUCGGGAUUUAAUCGAGCUAUUGGUUCAGAAUUUCCUGACAGUUAUGGAACGUUGUCAAGGGACAAUGCUCCCACGAACAGUCACGAAUAUUCGAAGUUUACUACCUCUAGCACUGAUAAGUCACGUCAUACUGAAUACGACACAGUUGCUACAACACCUACAAGUCGAACAUCUCAAUCAAAGGACAUUGAUUACGAUGUGGUCAGUGCAAUUGUUAGUGAGUUGAAAAUGUCUCAGGACGAGACGUAUAACGUGGUUGGUGAAGAUUCCAGUAAAGCGACGUCAACAAAUUUGAGAGGGAAUGGUUUGAGUGGUAAAGAAACGCCUUACAAUAAACUUGAUCGAGAAAACGUAACAGAAGGACCAUAUGCAGUGGUGACGACGAAUAAGUUGUAUGCUCUCACCAGUGAGGCUCAGCCUAUUGUAAAAGCUAGAUCAGAGUCUCCCAAAGUAUUCGGGAGUUCACCAGGUGUCUCACUGCCUUCGCCAAAUCCAAUGUUUAGUACACUUCCUAAAAACACGGGAAAUUUAUCAAACUCUGUGCCGCCGCCAUCAGAACCAAGUUCAGGCAAGAAGUUGAAGAAUUUCUUUAUUAAGCGAAAUAAACCAUCGAAGCAGCCGAAGCCCUCUGUGACAAAACUAGACAUUGCACCACCUGCUGGCUUUGGAACACAGCCGACUGACUUGGGACCGCCAAGUAUUACUCCUACGUUACAAAGUGUGGGACUUUACAAGCCAACUGUGAUUGUGUCUGAUGAUCCUCUCGGUUUCCCGAAUCGAGUCGAUAAGCCUCGCGGCCCAAGGCCUCCUCCAUCGCACUGGAACUGCAAGCGUGGUGUCUAGUUGCAUCGUAAUGUGCCACAAUAUGCGAUUGUAGAUGGAUGCUUUGCUAUUAUUAGGUUAGCUAAACAAGUCUCCUAUCAUUGAGUUGUAGGAGGCAGUUUUUAACUUUUUUUACAAGGUGCUAGUUUACCCUGUACUGAAAGACGGUUUGAUUGUAUGGAAAUUAUAAUGACAUCAUUUUGCUGUAAAGAAA